AUGAAUUCAAUAAGUACAUCACCAUCUUCAUCAUCUUCAAAACAACCUCCUCCUCCUCCUGCACAACAACAAUCACAAUCUUAUCCAAGUACAAGUAAUCUAGCAAACCUUGUAAAUGAUAAUAAUAACAACAACAAUAACAACAACAACAACAAUAAUAACAAUGAUACUAUACCAAAAUCACAAACACAACCAAAUCUAACAUCUACAUCACCUCUAACAACAACACCUCCAUCAACUAUUUCCAAUGGAGGAGGAGGAGGAGGAGGAGGAAUAAUUGGUGCCAAUGGAAUACAAUCACCAGUAUUCUUUUCCCCUCCAACUACACCAUCUUUGCAAGGUUCUAAUUCGCAAGAGUAUCAUACUGUCACUUCUACCAGUUCUACACCUUGUGGAACCAUUAAAAAGGAUACAACUAAAAAGUCGUCGUCAUCGACAGACAUGCAAACAGAUGUUGGUACUGGUAGAUCAAGAAGUCAUAGCGAAGAUUUAAAACAAUCUUCAGAAAAUAGUAUAUUAAAAGAAAGUUCUGAAAAGAUGAAAAAGAAAGCAUUUCUAUCACCAAAACUAUUGGCACCAUCCAAAAAGAAUACAAUCGGAGGUGAGGAGCCUCCCAUUUCAAAGACUUUGGAUAGUAGAAUGAAAAGUAAUCCAUAUAUUAAAAAAUUUAAAUUACCUUCAACCGAGUUAUUAAUUAAUGAUUAUUCUGCUGCAUUACAUAGACAAAUUUUAUUACAUGGUAGAUUAUAUCUUUUUACAAAUUAUAUAUGUUUUGAAUCAAAGAUUUUUGGUCUAAAGACAACAGAAAUCAUUCUAUUUAAUCAAGUUACAAGUAUUAAAAAAAAGAGUAAAAAGUUCCAAUUCCCAGUUGGCAUUGAAAUCAUUGCAAAUGGAAACAAGUUAUCAUUUGCAUCAUUUGUAUCAAGAGAUAAAACAUUUAAUGAAUUAAUGGUACAAUGGAAAGAAGUAACUGGUGAAUCUCAUGAUGAAGUUUCAUCUCAUAGUAUUGAUGAUGAUGAAGAUGAAUCAUCAAAUAGUGUCUUUGAAGCCGAGAGUCAAUCAUUUAAUAAUAAUAAUAGUAGUGGUACCAUGAAUACCAAUCUGGUCAAUGGUAAUGGUAAUCAAUCUGAACAAUCAUCCCAAAGUAGUGGAUUUCAACAAACUGUCAAUAAUAGUCUUGACCAUGUAAAUAAUAAUAAUAAUAAUAAUAGUAAUAGUAAUACAGAAACAACUCCUACAAAUACAACAAUAACAAAUAAUCCUGAACAAACAAAUCAACAACCAACAACAGACUGUAAUAAUAAUAUAAAUGGAGUUGUUCUUAAUAAUAAUAUACAAAUAGAAAAACCACAACAACAUGCACCACCAACCGCAGCGGCAGCAGUAGUAGUUUCAGAGAAAAGUGUUUUUGAUGAAUUGUACGGAGGAAUUGAUCAAUUUCUAUCAGUUAAUGAACAAUCUUCAAUAUUGGAAAGUCAAUCAUCAGAUUUUGAAGAACUCCUUACCGACAAUUUCAAUUGCAACACUACCAACUUUUUCAGAGCACUCUGUUCAGAUAAAUGUAACUUUGCAUUUAAUUAUCAUACCAAACGUGGUGAUAAAAAUAUAAGUGUAAAAAAUUGGACAACAAGAGAAAGAUUUGGAACAGUUAGAGAAUUGGAAUAUGUAGCACCAGUAAAUUCACCAAUUGGACCAGAUAAAACUAGAAUUCAAGAGACACAGAGAUAUCAUCUAACACUUAAAAAGUUGGUCAUUGAAACUGAUACUAUUAUGCUCGAUAUUCCAUAUGGUGAUCAUUUCAGAAUUGAAGCAAUCUGGGAGGUUGUGGAGACUUCACCAGAUACUUGUCGAUUGACUAUUCAAAUAUGUGUUAGAUUUAUCAAAAAGACUUGGUUCAAGAGCAAGAUUGAAACGAGCACCAUCAAAGAAUCCAAAGGUUCAUUCCAAACGUGGGUGCAAUUGGCCAAACAAGAGGUUCAAAAGGCUAUUCAAUUCAAGCGUCCAACCGCUGGCGGAUCAUCUAGUCUAGCUGCACCAAGUACUGUUGGUGGUGCUGCUUUACCAUCGAUUAAUAUUACCUCUUUGAAUAGAUCGAUUGAAAAGAUUAGAGGAGAUGAAGGUGUUGGAAGUGGUGUUGGUGGUGGCGAGGGAAGAAUCGAUUCACCCAAACCACAUCACAGUAGAUCACGUAGCAGACAACAUUUGGUAUCAUCUUCAAAUCAAGUUUCAAAUCUAAGUAAUGAAUCUUCUCCCUAUUCAUCCAUUCCACUUCAUACUCAACCAACUCACAAUAAUAAUAAUAAUAGUUUACAACCACCACCAGCGUCCACCCCUUCACCAAUUAAUUUAGGAUUCAAUCAGAAUCAAAAUAAUAAUAAUACUUCACCAUUGACAUCGAUCAAAGAAAAUGAGGAUGUUACCUUGGUAGAAUCCAAGAAAAAGAGAACAACCUCUUCUUCACCAUUCCGAUUACAAGUUACAUCUGAUUAUGGAGAUUUGAUCAUCACUGGUUAUCCAAUGUUUUCUGUUAUCAUUAUGCUCUUGUCUCUAUUCUUUUAUAUGUACUUGAAGAUUAAUUCUCUCGGUACUCAAGUUGGAACUUUGGAAUCAUUAUUAUCUAAUAUCAUAACAUUGAAUCAACAACUAAACCAACAACAACACCAACAACAAAUAGUUACACGUACAAAUUCAUAA